AUCCACUCUAUCAGACACUCAGUGACAGAAAACAAUGAACUACAUUUUAACGACCCCCUCCGAUGAUUUUUAUGCAAGCAAGCCAAGUUUGAAAAACCUGAUUUGGAGUUUCCCAAAUACAAGAUGCUCCCACUUUGCUUUUAACUCGCCCUGUAACACAAGGGGAUAGUUAUCGUCAUCCUUGUUCUACAUUCAGUUUCAGAAUGGUCAGGUUACUUGUCUAAAGGCAUCACCUCUAUUCUGUAGUGAGGGAAAGUAAGUCACUGGUGCCAGAUCCUGUGAGUGGAUGGCGAAUGCAGUUCUCCUAAUGCUUCCAACAUUUUCUGCCACUUCCCUGCUGUAGGUGAAAUAAGGUGAAGAUGGCGGCACAAUGAAUAACAGCCAUCCUAAAGAGUUUGUUCUACUAGGCUUUGCAGAUCGUCCUUGGCUGGAGCUUCCUCUAUUUGCUAUUCUUCUUAUAACAUACCCCAUGGCCAUGGUAGGAAACACGGCCAUCAUUCUGGUGUCCAGGUUAGAUGCCCGUCUGCACAACCCCAUGUAUUUCUUCCUCACCAACCUCUCCUUCCUGGACAUGUGCUACCCCACAAGCAUCGUCCCUCAGAUGCUGUUUAACCUGGGAAGCACCAAGAAGACGAUCAGCUAUGUGGGGUGUGCAGCUCAGCUUUAUUUCUUCCACAUAAUGGGGGGCACAGAAUGUCUGCUUCUGGCUAUUAUGUCUUUUGAUCGCUACCUGGCUAUCUGCAAGCCUCUACACUACACCCUCAUCAUGAACCCACGCAUCUGUAUCCUGCUGGCAUCCACUGUGUGGUUGACUGGAAUCACCUAUGCUGUCUCAGAGGCCACUGCUACCUUGCAGUUACCACUGUGUGGACUCAAGAAAUUGGACCACUUGCUGUGUGAGAUUCCUGUUCUGAUAAAGGCUGCCUGUGGAGAAAAGGCUGCUAAUGAGCUCACACUCUCUGUGGUGUGUAUUUUUAUGUUAGCUGUCCCGCUAGGCUUAAUUCUUGCUUCCUAUGCUUGCAUUGGACAUGCCGUAUUUAAAAUUAAGUCUUCUGAGGGAAGGAAAAAGGCCUUUGGAACAUGUUCUUCCCAUCUCAUUGUAGUUUUCUUGUUUUAUGGUCCAGCCAUUAGCAUGUACCUUCAGCCCCCCUCCUCCAUCUCAAGAGACCAGCCCAAAUUCAUGGCGCUCUUCUAUGGAGUAGUGACCCCUGCGCUGAACCCUUUUAUCUACACCUUGAGGAAUAAGGAUGUGAAGGGGGCAUUAGGCAAC